AUGGCAGCAGGAGCAUUCGGGCGUGCCCUUGCCCGACAUGCAGCGCAUCCUCAGCCUUGGCUCCCCGCCCACGGCGAUCCCACUGACGGCGGCGCCGUCGCUGCCGAGCACGGGGGCGGCCCCAUCGGCUGCUACGCCAGCGGUUGCGGCCUCGCCAUCUGCUACGCCAGCGGCUGCGGUCACAUCGUCUGCUACGCCAGCGGUUGCGGCCCCACCAUCUGCUACGCCAGCGGUUGCGGCACCGUCGUCUGCUACGCCAACGGCUGCGGCACCGUCGAGUGCUACGCCUGUGGCUGCGGUCCCAAAGCUCGCGAGGGGUCGCAGGUCCAGGGGGAGACGCCAGACCCAGUGCAGAAGCGCAAGGCAGCGAAAGCAGUCUCCGCAGGGGUCCCCGUCGAGCCCUCCGCCAAGAAGAAGGCCAAGACCUCGGAUCGCGAGGCGCAUGGUGAGCCUGCUGGGAGCACCGCGGAUGGGGGCGUGGCGACGGCCAAGGAGAAGAAGAAACUGGAGGCCAAGGAGACGCGGAAGGCUACGUCGGAUGCGCAGGCCCAGGUCUCGCUCUUCAGCCAGGUCGUCAUGAACGCUGACAUGCUGGAGUUCACGAUCGGGACAGACCCUGCGUGGGAGUGGGCGAAGGAGCACAAGAAGUUCGUGGCGAUGAAGAACGCGAGGGCCCAGCUCAAGGCCAAGGAGCUCCUCACCACGAAGAUGCAGGACGUGAAGACCAAGUACGGCGAUGCCUACUUCACCGAGCAGAUCCAGAAGAUCCCCUCCAUCAUCAGUGGCCCCAUCGCCAAGCUGCAGGACUGCCUCGACAAGCUGAACAACAUCCACGCGUUGAACGCCAGCGAUGACGAUCAGGAGUAG